GCUACACUCCAGACUGGGUGUUCCUGCUGAGAAACGUCAUGCGGGUGAGCCCGGAGCAGGGCCUGCAGUUCUCUCAGAUGCUGGUCCAGGACGAGGAGCCACUGGCCAACAUCAGUCAGAUUGUGGACGUGUUCAUGGAGAAUAACCUGAUCCAGCAGUGCACCUCCUUUCUGUUAGACGCCCUGAAAAACAACCGUCCGUCAGAGGGCCACCUGCAGACCCGGCUCCUAGAAAUGAACCUCAUCCACGCCCCACAGGUUGCCGACGCCAUCCUUGGGAACUCGAUGUUUACACACUACGACCGCGCCCACAUCGCCCAGCUGUGCGAGAAGGCGGGGCUCCUGCAGAGGGCGCUGGAGCACUACACUGACCUAUAUGACAUUAAGCGCGCUGUGGUCCACACGCACCUGCUGAACCCCGAGUGGCUGGUGAACUUCUUCGGCUCGCUGUCGGUGGAGGACUCCGUGGAGUGCCUGCGAGCGAUGCUGUCGGCCAACAUCAGGCAGAACCUGCAGCUGUGCGUACAGGUGGCGUCCAAAUACCACGAGCAGCUGGGCACGCAGGCGCUGGUGGAACUCUUCGAGUCUUUCAAGAGCUAUGAAGGGCUUUUCUAUUUCCUGGGAUCUAUUGUAAACUUCAGUCAAGACCCUGACGUUCAUUUCAAGUACAUCCAAGCAGCCUGCAAAACAGGGCAGAUUAAGGAGGUGGAGCGCAUCUGUCGUGAAAGCAAUUGUUAUGACCCUGAUCGUGUGAAGAACUUCCUAAAGGAAGCCAAAUUGACGGACCAGCUGCCUUUAAUUAUUGUCUGUGAUCGAUUUGAUUUCGUCCAUGACCUGGUGCUGUACUUAUAUCGCAACAGCUUGCAGAAGUACAUUGAAAUAUAUGUACAGAAGGUUAACCCCAGCCGGCUCCCAGUUGUCAUCGGAGGCCUGCUUGACGUGGAUUGCUCUGAAGACGUCAUUAAAAACCUCAUCAUGGUGGUGCGGGGACAGUUCUCCACUGAUGAACUGGUAGCAGAAGUGGAGAAGAGAAACAGGCUGAAACUGUUGCUGCCCUGGCUGGAAUCGAGAAUCCACGAGGGCUGUGAGGAGCCGGCUACGCACAACGCCCUCGCCAAAAUCUACAUCGACAGCAAUAACAACCCCGAGCGCUUCCUGCGCGAGAACCCCUUCUACGACAGCAGGGUGGUGGGGAAGUACUGUGAGAAGAGAGACCCCCACUUGGCUUGCGUGGCCUACGAAAGAGGACAGUGCGACAUGGAGCUUAUUAAAGUUUGCAACGAGAACUCCCUGUUCAAGAGCGAGUCUCGUUACCUGGUGCGCAGGAAAGACCCUGAGCUCUGGGCCAGCGUCCUGGAGGAGAACAACCCCUACAGGAGGCAACUGAUUGACCAGCAGGUGGUACAGACUGCGCUGUCAGAAACGCAGGACCCCGAGGAAGUGUCAGUGACCGUGAAGGCCUUCAUGACCGCUGACCUGCCCAAUGAGCUGAUAGAACUGCUGGAGAAGAUCGUGCUGGAUAACUCAGUCUUCAGCGAGCACCGAAACCUGCAGAAUCUACUGAUCCUGACGGCCAUUAAAGCUGAUCGUACCAGAGUAAUGGAGUACAUCAACCGCCUGGACAACUACGACGCGCCUGAUAUUGCCAACAUCGCCAUCAGCAACGAGCUCUUCGAGGAGGCCUUCGCCAUCUUUAGGAAGUUUGACGUCAACACUUCAGCAAUCCAGGUGUUAAUCGAGCACAUUGGGAAUCUGGACCGGGCCUAUGAGUUUGCCGAGCGCUGCAAUGAGCCGGCUGUGUGGAGCCAGCUCGCCAGAGCCCAGCUCCAGAAGGACAUGGUGAAGGAAGCUAUAGACUCCUACAUCAAAGCGGACGAUCCUUCUGCGUACAUGGAAGUGGUCAAAGCUGCCAGCAAAAACGAUAACUGGGAAGAUCUGGUGAAGUUCCUGCUGAUGGCGCGCAAGAAAGCAAGGGAGUCUUACGUCGAGACGGAGCUGAUCUUUGCCUUGGCGAAAACAAACCGUCUCUCGGAGCUGGAGGAGUUUGUCAGCGGGCCUAACAACGCCCACAUUCAGCAAGUGGGAGAUCGCUGCUAUGAUGAGGGUAUGUAUGAUGCCGCCAAAUUACUGUACAACAACGUAUCCAACUUUGCCCGCCUGGCAUCCACCCUGGUACACUUGGGGGAGUACCAGGCGGCAGUGGACAGUGCACGCAAGGCCAACAGCACCAGGACUUGGAAAGAGGUCUGCUUCGCCUGUGUAGAUGGGACGGAGUUCCGUCUCGCCCAGAUUUGUGGUUUGCACAUCGUAAUCCACGCUGAUGAGCUGGAGGAGCUGAUCUGUUACUACCAGGACCGGGGGUACUUCGAGGAGCUGAUCGCACUGCUGGAGGCGGCUCUGGGUCUGGAGCGAGCGCACAUGGGCAUGUUCACAGAGCUGGCCAUUCUGUACUCCAAGUUCAAACCCCAGAAGAUGAGAGAGCACCUGGAGCUCUUCUGGUCCCGAGUUAAUAUUCCCAAGGUCCUCCGCGCUGCAGAACAGGCACAUCUGUGGGGCGAGCUGGUCUUCCUUUAUGACAAAUACGAAGAAUACGAUAAUGCCAUCAUAACCAUGAUGAAUCAUCCCACUGAUGCUUGGAAAGAAGGACAGUUCAAGGACAUCAUUGCCAAGGUGGCAAAUGUUGAGCUCUAUUACAAAGCCCUGCAGUUCUAUUUGGAUUACAAACCGCUGCUGCUCAACGAUUUGCUGACUGUGCUCUCCCCUCGACUGGAUCAUACCAGAGCUGUCAAUUUCUUCUCUAAGGUGAAUCAGUUGCAGCUUGUGAAGCCUUAUUUGAGAUCAGUGCAGAAUCACAACAACAAAGCUGUAAAUGAAGCCUUAAAUAACCUACUGACGGAGGAGGAAGAUUUUCAGGGUUUAAGGGCGUCUAUUGAUGCUUACGAUAACUUUGACAACAUCAGCCUCGCACAAAGACUAGAGAAGCACGAACUGAUCGAGUUCAGGCGUAUUGCUGCUUACCUGUACAAAGGGAACAACCGCUGGAAGCAAAGCGUGGAGCUGUGCAAGAAAGACCGUCUGUACAAGGACGCGAUGCAGUACACAGCCGAGUCCAAGGACACCGAGCUGGCAGAGAAGCUGCUGCAGUGGUUUCUGGAGGAAGGCAAAAAGGAGUGUUUCGCCGCUUGUCUCUUCACCUCCUACGACCUGCUGCACCCCGAUGUCGUCCUGGAGCUGGCCUGGAGACACGACAUCAUGGACUUCGCCAUGCCUUACUUUAUCCAAGUGAUGAGGGAAUACCUUACCAAAGUUGAUGAGAUUGCGGAGAAGGUGGAUAAACUAGAUGCAUCCGAGAGCUUGAGGAAGACUGAUGAGGAAGUGGCCGAACCGACUCCAAUCGUGUUUGGUCAGCAGCUGAUGCUCACCGCCGGCCCAACUACAGUACCCCCACAGCCUGCAUACGCACCGUAUAGCUACGCAGCUCCAGGCUUUCCUCAGCCCACCUAUGGAUUCAACAUGUGAAUAAGAGAGCCUUACUGCUGGACCGUCCCUCUCGCCCUCCUUGCGAAACAUCUGACUCCGGAGGCACAGUCUCUUCUGUUUUAGCUGAACACCAUCCCUCGCGUAGCAUGAAGGUCGCUCCAAAGGACAGCUUGUAAUUGUCGAUAUUUAUUACUCCCAGUAUAAUUACUGUUCCAUUUCAACUUUUCAAGGAACGUGCAGCUUUUUUUUUUUAAAUCAAUGUCUUUUAAGUCUGAACUACAGCACUGAUGUAGAGGCGAGAAGGUGUCAAUGUUGGAAAAAGAGUGAUCUCUUAGCUACACGUGUACUGUAAGUCUGUUACCUGCUAUCAGAUAGGGAGGAUAAGGUCAGUGUUUCUUUGGGGUGAAAAAAAAACCAUUUGUUUAAAUAGUUUCAGCCUGUGGUUUAAAAUGAAAUAUACUGUCAGUCUUUGCAUCUUAAAACGCUAGAAUUUUAUAUUUCUAUUGAAUGUAGCCUCCUGAAAGCCCUCUGACUUGUAUAACUAGACUCACUUUUUCAUGAGAAAAACCCUCUAGUUCAAGUUCUGAGAUUAUGUAAUAUUAACUACAAAACAUGAAUUACAAAAGACUGCUUCAAAUCUGGUUGAAUCCCGUUCUGUAUUCUUUAUGACUGAAGGUUGACACAUUUACACUUUGAUCCUUUCCUCCCUAUUGUUUUUAGUCAAACUAGUUUAAAGGUGGGUGUUGUUGAUGGCUUUAGAUUUGUAUUAACAAAUAGCGGUACAGAAUUUAAUACGGGAGAUAGGUAAUGAUUAUGAAAAUUGAAGAAUAAAAUGUACUGGUGUCUGUGCAUGUGCUGCCAAAUUAAUGUACAGUGCUACAACAAUGCAAAAGACAGCCCAUUUUCUGAAGAGAGGUGUCUGGUACUUUACCAGUGUUUUGUAAAGACCAUCUAUAGAGUAUUGUUAAACAGCUGCAGUUUUGCUUCGGUAAGUAACCAGCAAAAUGGGUUGACAUGAAAGACAGGUGAACUGCAAUUCUCACUAUUAACAGCUUUGAAGAACGCAAAGAGAGGUGGAAAUAUAUAAAAGUGUGCCACUUUUUCCAAUAAAUUAUAAUCAUUUUAAUGUACUGAAAAUAUUGUAUAAUUUAUGGUAAUGAACCUUGUGCUAUUCCUAAUUAAGCUAAGUCCAAUAUAUUGUAAAAUGGCGUGUGUCUGUAGUGUAUGGUCAUAGUCCUAAGUGUAAUUUUUUUAAAAAAUGGAACAAAACAAAAAAAGUAUAAAAUCUUUCUCCAGCACUUCAGCUUGCCCAAAAAUGUCUGAUUUAUUUUUGAAAGCAGCAACAAUGAGAAAGUGUGGGUCCACACAGGUGUUUGUUGUAUUUUUAAAUAUGGCGACCUUGUCCCUGGGGAGAUGAAUAAACCGAUUCUUUGCAUGGGUACGAGAGGGGAUGCUAAAGAAAACCGCAGCUCGGAGCUGCAGAGUCCUGGCUUGUGUCCCUUGCUGCACGUGUUGUCCAGACGUUUUUGGGAUAGACCUGGGAGCAUUUAGCAAAAAUGUGAGCUGUAAGGCUUUUCCAUUCCUGGCCACACAAGUAAUACCUUCUGGAGGAUGAAUAAAGUUUACACCUGCUCUUUUGGUCCUGUGCAUUUUUUUACUCUAUAGAUGAAAGUGGAGGGAGGUUGCUGGACAUGUGGCAAAAGCUUUCAGUCAUGUGCUUUAAAGAGUCUUAUGGAUUUGCUUUUUUUUCCCCCUCAAGUGAAAAGUUAGAGCACAGCAGUGUGGUGAUUAGCGCUGCUACUGUACAGAUCUUGAGUCCUGUGUUUGGUUCAGGACCUGAUGGUGUUCUGGGUGGGGUUUGCAUGUUCUCUGGUCUCCUCCCCCUCCCAAAUACUGCUGGUUAGGUUAACCGAUGCCUCUAAAUUGGCUCUGUGUAUGUGUUUGUACCAUUUCAUGGACAGGCGUCCUGUCCAGUGUGUGUUCAGACCCUGCGAUGGACAAGCGUCCUGUCUAGAGUGCGGUCUUGUCGUCCGCCCUGUGCUUAUGGGACAGGUAGCUGUGACUGUUCUGAUCACAGAUGGAAGGGAAGUACUACCUUUUAUGUGCAAUGGUUAGUUAUAAAGUACUAAAUUAUAAUGUACCGUACAUGAAUAAAUAUGCUUUGAAUUAA